AUGACGGUUCAUAUCCUGGAGAACGAGCUUCUCUAUCAAGAAAACCGUUGGUCAAGAUUCCGCGCUCUGUUGCGACAGUCACUGGCGGAGUUUCUUGGGACUUUGCUCUUCGUUAUGUUUGGACUUGCGGCUUCUUUUCAAUCAUCAUUGUCGUCAAAUGCGACUAUGUUUCCUGGGGAACCCAGAGGUGAUUACGCGUCUAUGUGUUUCGGGUGGGGAAUCGGUCUUUGCCUGGGCCUUUGGGUUUCUGGAGGCAUCUCUGGUGGCCAUCUCAAUCCAGCAGUAACACUCGCGUUUGCCAGUCUGCGACGGUUCUCAUGGGUUAAGGACGUUGUAUACUGGCUUUCUCAGCUACUUGGAGGAUGUGUUGGGGCAGCAAUAGUCUAUGGACUUUACAGGUUUCUACAUGUUCUUAAAGAUAACAUUCAUCCUCGUUUAUAUGAAAGAGACUCGUCAUCAAUUUUUCUGGCGAGUCCCAAUUUGUACACUUCACCAGCAACGGCGUUCUUCUCUGAGUUCCUGUGUGCUGCCAUCUUCGUCCUGGCCCUCUUUGCUUUGACAGACAGUGAAAAUUGUUCUAUUGUGCCCGAACUUGUGCCACCGGCCCUGGGUAUCGUUUUUGCUGGUAUCGGGCUCUGCUUUGGGUUGAAUAAGCAUUGGACAAUCAAUCCUAUCCGAGAUCUGGCAUCUCGUCUCAUUCUGUCAGCUGUGGGAUAUCCAUCAAACGUUUGGGUUGCGAACUCUCACUACUGGCUCUGGGGUCCCAUCGUGAGUCGUGUACUCUCCUUUCAGCUCUAUUACUCACAGCAUCUCAGUGCGGAAGUCUUCUUGGAGGGAUUCUUCUACGAUGCAAUCUGUUUCACUGGUCCUGAAAGCAUCUUGAACAGGAGGCAUGCGGUUCCACAUUCUACAGAACCACAACUAACGGAGUUCGAACAGACGGUGUGUCAUCCGCGCCGCUCAUGCUGUGACAGAUGCAUCAAAGACGCGCGUGCGCACUUCUGA